AUGAGGCGUUUGCGUAAAUUGAAUAAACUGCCAAAGCUGUCCCCAUUUUCCUUCAUCUAUCUCCUGGUCUCUAAGAGCUCAGGACAGACCCCAGAGCAGCAGCCAAGCCGGGUCGUCGGGGCGGGGGUCUCCCAGGCCAAGAGCCCCGAUGGGAGGGAGUGGGUGGGGAGCGAGGCGCCCCCGAGCUCCGGGGCUCCGCGCAGCAUUAAAGUGAGCGCCGAGUCGGCGGUGGCGGCGGCGGCGGCGGCGGCGCGGGGCUGGCGCCGGUACGGCCCUGGCGGCGCCCAGGCCUGGGGCGGGGGCUGUAGCAGCAGCUGCGGCGGCGGCGGCGGCGGCGGCGGCGCCUGGAGCUGCUGCACAGAGGCGGAGGCUGCUCCUGGACGCGUCCGGGCCGCUCAGCCGGAGCCCCAGACCGGAGACGCCGGGCGGUGCGCUGGGUGCUGCGGCUGCUGCCCGCCGGCCGCCGCCCGGGCUCCCGCUGCCACCCGGGCCCCGGCCGCCACUCGCGCCCCGGUCGACCCCUCCCGCGUGUGUGCCCCAGCCGGGACGCCGCCCCCGGCCGGGUCUCCACUUCUCGGCCGCACCUCCCAUGACAGCGCCCGCUCGAAGAUGGCUGCGAAGGGUGCGCACGGCUCCCACCUGAAGAUGGAGAGCGAGCUGGAGCGCUGCCGCGCCGAGGGCCACUGGGACCGCAUGCCAGAGCUGGUCCGGCAGAUGCAGACGCUAGUCGUGCCCGGCAGCGGGGGCGGCCGGCGAGCCAACCCGAACGCCGUGCUCACCUCUGUGGACACCGAUGGCUUUGGGAAAUUGCUCCUGGCUGAGGCCCUCCUGGAGCAGUGUUUGAAGGAGAACCACGCCAAGAUUAAAGACUCUAUCCCUCUGCUGGAGAAGAGUGAGCCGAAGAUGAAUGAAGCCAGAAACUAUCUGAGCAGUAUCCUUAAUCACGGGAGGCUGCCGCCGCAGUACAUGCGUGAGGCCAUGCUGAUCCUGGGCAAGCUGCAUUACGUGGAGGGCUCGUACCGAGAUGCCAUCAGCAUGUACGCGCGGGCCGGGAUUGAUGACAUGUCCAUGGAGAAUAAGCCCCUGUAUCAGAUGCGUCUGCUGGCGGAGGCCUUUGUCAUCAAAGGCCUCUCCCUGGAACGCCUACCCAACUCCAUCGCUUCCCGCCACCGCCUGACCGAGAGGGAGGAGGAAGUGAUCACCUGUUUCGAGAGGGCCUCCUGGAUCGCUCAGGUGUUCCUGCAGGAAUUGGAGAAGAUCACAAGUAACACCACAUCCCGGCACCUGAAAGGAUCUCACCCGCUCGACUACGAGCUCACCUACUUCCUGGAAGCUGCACUCCAGAGCGCUUAUGUGACAAACCUGAAGAAGGGAAAAAAAUUUGCUGGCCCCGUAUUCUAG